CAACAGCCGGAAAUUUCUCACGAAUCUGUCGUUGUGAAAUGUAGAAGCUAGACAUGGGAAAAGAAAGCGUUAGAUUAAGGAAAUUGAAGGUUAAUUUUUGGGCAAACAUCUUUUGCUUCAUAUUAUGUUGUGUUCACGCACUAUCAAGCUGUCUUUCUCCUGAAUCUGUCCUCGAAACUGCACAUUCAACUUGUAUUGUUGCUCUCGUGACUAACAGUUGUGAAAUUGAUAAUCAAAUUUAUGACAAUUCCCAAUUUUCUGACCUUAAACAGUUAUUGAUACGUAAAGAUUUAGGAAUUCUAGUGGGGUAUAUUGACAUAAAUAGUAAGUGGCCCGACGGGAAACAAUUUCACGGUGAAGGGGUAGAGGCAGGAAAAAUUGUCUUAUUUAAGAAAGUCCCGAAGGAUCGAACAUGUCUACUGCCAUCUCCAUCUCAGAAGAGCUUGGUCCCGCUUAUUUUUAAUGGUGUGAAUGGACUGACAACUCUAAUAGACUUUGUCAAUGAUGGAUGUCAUACCUACAUGUCACCAACUGGGGGUCCUUCUAUUGAGGGGCUACAUAAAGAGGAAAUCCACAGAACAAGAUUUUAUGUUCAAAAUAUUUCAGACGUGCAAUCAAAAGAUGUGUUUCAACCAGUGAAUCAGAAUUGUAAAGUUAUAGAUCAACCCUGUUCAUCAGACAAUCAUAAUUUUCAUGUUCACAACAAUAAACCUAAAAUUCCAGAGUGCGAGAGAAUAGAUUUUCCUUCCAAGGAUGACUUUUUCCAUAAUUAUGUAAAAAUAUCAAAGCCAGUGAUAUUCAAAAAUGUUUUAAGAGACUGGCCAGCUUUUACAAAGUGGACAAACAGAUAUUUCCGAGAUAAAUUUGGGAAAAAUGAUGUCCAUAUCAAGUUGACACCCUUGGGUGAAUACGAAGGAGUUGAGCCACGAUAUAUGUGGGAAAAUCACGAAAAGUUUGAGAUUCCCAAAUCAGUAGAAGAUCAGUUGCCCUUUCCUGACUUAGUAGUUGUUAGACCGGCCACUAAGAACAUGAAUUUCUCAAAUUUCAUGGAUAUAGUUGAAGGAGUAUCCAAUGGGACUAUUAAUGAUAUGUCGGCAUAUCUGGAGUAUUCCUCCAUUCCCGAUCACCUGCCAGAACUAGAGGAGGAUAUAAGAGAAGAUUUACUAUUCAAAGGGCUCCUAAAGAGAAAACAUCUAAAUAUAUGGCUAAGUGAUGGAAGAACUUUGGGAAAGCUGCAUUUUGAUCAAUUUGACAAUCUACUUUGCCAGAUAAGUGGAAAAAAGCAGGUGAUUUUGUUUGAUCCUCACAACAAUCAUCAGAUGUACGAGGGACACAUUCCAGAGGCAAUCCUGUCCUACGAUCAGACCUCCAAUACAUUCCACCGUCGCCAUCUACUGGAAAGCACGUCCAUGGUUAUGUCCCCUGUUGACAUCCAGAAUCCAGAUUAUUCUAGGUUUCCACUGUUUGGAGAAACUUACCCCAUGAACUGCACAAUAGAAGAAGGCGACAUUCUGUACAUGCCUUCAUUUUGGUGGCAUGAAGUCCAGUCCUUUCCCAACAAAACAGCAGGAAGAAACCUUGCCAUCAACUUUUGGUAUGAUCCAUUUCUAGUGAGAGAAUUCCCUUGCCCAGAAUGUCAGCUUGAUGUAAACCCACAAUACAGACAUUUAUUAUGAUAUACAUGUACUAGUAUUAGAAUUACAUUUAAUUGUCUCAGAUAUCUCAAUCUUCAUUUUUAAAUAAAUUGAUUAUUUUUUAUUAUU